AAUUGAAAAUGGCAUUAAUUUUAAUUGUACAAAUUCUUUUCCCUUUUUUUUUUAAAUGAAAUAAAAAACAACUAUAGAAUGUAAACGUUAAUAUAUUAUUAUGUUUCGUUAUUUUUUGAGUCGUUAAACUUGCGAUAGGUACUUUUUUCGGUGACGUCACGGUGAAAACAUGACGAAUAAGUCGAUUAGAAUAACCGAGAAAUUAGCACAAUGGGAAGCCGAGGAAAAUCCUCUAGCGCCGUUGAGUUCGUCGCAACUCGAUGUUUGUUUGAGCUUAUCAGAAAAACUGCCAUUGAACGACACCGAUUGCCAUUCGAAAAACGGCGAUGACGAAAACCAAAUGACGGCUGAUACGGAUGGAGAAGCCGACAUAUUAAACAGAGAUAUCGUAUCUACAGAAGAUUUUUUUAAAUUUUACGAUGAGAUUGCUCAAGCUUGGAUGUCGGCUGACGUUAAACCGUCAAUGCGGCUUGCCGACGAACUCGGCAAUCAGCUGCAAGAUUGGCAAGAAAUGUUAUCCAAGAUGGACGAGUGUACCCGUCUUAUCGAUGUUUUGGAAGAGAAAUACAGCGAGGUGUCCAAAAAGACCAAUUCGUUGUACUUGGCCGGAGAAGAACUGCACACGGACCGAAUGUCUUUGAGUAAAAUUUGUCAUGAAAUCAACGAACGUCUAACGAUAUUCAACGCUGUCGAAACUAUUCAAUCGAAAUUGGACUCGUCCUCGUUUAUCGUCACCAGUGAAAUGUUUGCCAACAUGAUGAGUUCCAUCGACGACGGUAUUAGCUAUUUAACAGCCCACACCUCGUACAAGGAGAGCAACAAGUAUCUUGCGCUGUACGUCAACGCCAGGUACAAGGCUCUGUCGCUGGUACAGACUUAUGUGUCGCAGUGCUUGCAGACGGGCACGGAGAACUUGGAUUCGAUGGAAUUCAUCGCGCACUACGGUAAAUUCCAAGCAAUAGCCACUAAAAUUCGUCCCGUCCUAGAAUUGAUCGAGAACAGGGUGACCGUCGAUCCGGCGUACGUCGCGUCGUUAGACCAAUGCGUUUCGGCUUACAUAACGCGCCGCAAAGCACUUCUCGGGACGUCCAUAAGCAGUACGCUGGCCACGUACACUUCCAGCGGUAACGAUUACUGUUCGACUCUGCGAUCGGCUUGCAAAAUUCUCAUACAACUGACGCACGACGAAAAUCGCCUGUACCAAUGUUUUUUCACCGACAAAUCGCAAGUGUUCAGAGAAUAUUUAGAAGCCGUCUGCAUGAAUUUGUACGACUAUCUAAGGCCGCUUGUGAUACACAUGAAACAUUUCGAGACUCUCGUCGAACUGUGUACCAUUUUGCGGAUAGAAAUAUUACAAGACUACGUCUACGAGGACGCAUCUCUGGAAGUAUUCGGAUCCGUAGCGGAACUGCUCUUGCAAGAUGUACAAGAGCGUUUGGUUUUCAGAGCGAAUUUAUAUUUCGUUACGGAUAUCGCCGAUUACAAGCCGUCGCCCGGAGAUUUGGCGUAUCCCGAGAAGCUAAAACAAAUGGAAGCGAUUGCCGAAGAAAUGCAAUACCGACAACUGACCAGGCAUGAUUCAACGGCAAGCUUGUUUUCGUCCGUGUCUGAAGCUCCUUCGGCCAUGUCCAAACAAUCUGUCGGUGGCUGGACGUCGGCAGCGGAUUUACACGGUAUGUGGUAUCCUCCGGUCAGACGCACGUUGAUGUGUCUGUCUCGUCUGUACCGAUGCGUGGACAAAACUAUUUUCCAAAGUCUUUCUCACGAAGCAGUCACGUUGUGUUUGAAAAAUAUUCACCUGGCCGCCUUGACGAUAUCGUCGAGAAAGAGUCCGACCGACGGGUUUUUGUUUGAAAUUAAACAUUUGUUGAUUAUCCGAGAACAAAUCGCUCCGUUUCAAGUGGAUUUCACCAUCAGAGAAUUAAAUCUGGAUUUUAGCAAAAUGAGAAACGCCGCGUGGGGCUUGAUUCAAAAACACGAUAAGAUGUUCACGCUCAGCUCGAGCAACUCGAUUAUUGAAUUCCUGCUGGAGGGUACGCCCGUCGUACAGGAAAACUCGGUCGACUCCAGACGAUUGGUCGAUCUCACGUUGAAAGAUUCUUGUCAGUCGUUUAUCGGUCACUCUUCCAACGCUAUAAUAUCGCCUCUGGCCAUGUUCCUGGACGAGGUGCAAAAGUAUGUGAAAUGGUGCAACAUGCAAGGAUUGCCGGCCAUCGUCAAGCAACAAGAGUUCGCGCAACCCAAAGCCAUACGAGAAAAAGUCCAAGACACUCUGGUGAAAAUCCAAAAGACGUUGCCCGCGUUACAGCAAAGCAUGGCAUUGUAUUUGGCCAACGCAGACACCCAGUUGGUUUUGUACAGGCCGAUCAAGAACAAUAUUUUGCACAUGUUCACGAGAAUCCAACAGUUCUUGACGACCAACUACACCAAAGACGAACAACAGAUGAUCGAGUGUCCAGCGUCCGAACAGGUGUCUGUACUACUGUCAUUGGCGUCGUCGUCUUCGAAUAAAUCCAAUUCCAGAAAAACCAGUACCGUCUCUAUUGAUGAAGACCCGUCGGAAAGUAACGAAAAGUAAAAAAAAAACUCAAAAUCAUAAUCGAAUAGUCUGUGAUUACCAUUGUUGUUGGAGUCGCCCAUUACAUACGUUUAAACAAUUAUUAUGGACUGUAUAAAUUGUUUUUGUGUUAAGCGGCAAUAGGAAAUUUGCGUUUGAAACACAUAUUCCGCUCAAAUUGGCCAAUUUGUUACCGGUUUUGACGUAUGAACCAUACACCCGUUGGGCAAGCGUAAGAAAACGCACAUGGAUUAUUAUUAUUAUUAUUAUAUUUACGUAAAGUACAUACUAUUUAUUAUUAUAUUAUAUUUAGAUAAAUAUUACUUUUGUUAAUCUAUAAAAAAAAAAACUACAAAUAAAACCGUUGUAUCUUUUCUAUCAUUCGCAACAAUUGUUCCCCCCCACAGUCUUUAUAUUCCUUUUAGAUUAUUAACGUAUAAAAUAAAAUCGAUAAAAAUAGUAGUCUAAUAACUUAAAAAAAAAAACACCCUAUUGUAACAA